AUGGUUUGUGCUGUGUCAAAUCCUAAUGAGAAAUCUUCAAAUGCUAGGCUUUCCAUUCUGUUGUUGAACAAACAUAGCAUCUGGAAUCUGAAGAGCUCAUCAAGCAAUGGUUAUGAGUUUACUCCUCAUACGAUCAUAGUUAAUGCAGGAGAGGACGUAUCUUCAAAGAUAAUAUCGCUCGCUCAAAGUGCCUCACAAACUGUUUGUAUCGUCUCAGCAAAUGGUGAAAUAUCGAGUGUGACAAUUUCUCAAGCUCUAACAUGUGGUGGAAGUGUCACAUACGAGGGGCGGUUUCAGAUUAUCAGUCUUACUGGCUACUACACAUUCUCAAAAAGUAUUGGAAGCACCACCAGAGGUUUAAGCAUACUACUAUCAGGGUCUGAUGGUCACGUUUUGGGCGGUGGCAUAACUGGGGCUCUUAUUGCAGCAUCACCUGUAAAGCUUGUUGUUGGCAGUUUCAAUGAAGGGGAAGAAUCAUCGAAAGAUGUCAAACAAACUGAGGCUGAUCCAUCAAAGGUUUUAACAGGAACAUGGAGUGUCAAAAGCCCAUUAUCGCAUGGAACCACGAGCGAGUGCUCGGGUGGGCCUGGAAGCCCAUUUAAUCUGAGUAAUGGUGUAUGCAACAAUAGCAUGCAACAAGAUAUGGGUACCAUUUCUUUUUAG